AAACAAAAAAAAUGGAGUGAGGCAGAGAGUGAAGAAGAAGAAGAAGGGAAAAUGAAUGGAAAAUGGCGAAGUGUUUGGAAUUUGAUGGAAAAUGUGAAACUCAAACCGAAAACAGAAAACGUUUGUGGGUGGCGGCUAUUGCACGAGGGUCCAGACACCAUCGAUGAGCUUCUUGAUAGACAUCUAGUCAAGAAAGUUAAUAAUAAUAACGAUGAUGAAGAAGACGAGUUGUUGAAUCGGAGACGACUCACCAGCACUCGCCGAGAGGCACUGAGUCUGUACAGAGACAUUCUUCGUGCAUCACGCUUUUUCACCUGGUCUGAUUCCAAAGGCGUUCUCUGGCGUGACCUUCUCAGAGAUAGCGCUCGUAAAGAGUUCGAACUCGCCCGAUUUGAAACCGACCCGGAAAUUGUGACCCGAUUGCUCAUUGGAGGACGUGAGGCUGUUCACAACGCUAUUGAUAAGCUCGCCGAGAAGCAGAGACAACAGAUUCAAAAGGAUCGUGGUCAUGAUCAAACCUGAUUUCACAUGCCAAUAAUAUUCUUCUAAUCUUAAGUUUGGGAAGCACCUGUUCUUCAAGGAGAGCCGAAAGUUGAGUAUCAUGGACUAUCUGGCCAAGUAAGCUGCUGCAAUACUACCUAGUAGAAAGUUUAUUAGAAAAUUGUGAUAGCAAACCUGUUAUGUAUCCCCAAAAAAGUCAUAUAUAUGUAAAAUGAGUUGUCUAGCGAGUUACCCACACUGGUAUUAUUGUCUGGAAUGAAUAACAGCUGAAAUUUGCACAUACUUUUUUGUGUCAAUAAGAGUAUUAUUAAUUGGAA